AUGGCGUCUACCUUGGCUGAAGCCGUUUUGGAGGAGUUAUCUUCUAAUAUUUCUGAAGAACCCGUGAAAGUAAGAAAACCUAAGAAAGGCAAGUCCAAGCGGGAAAAGGACUGGCCACAGAAAGAGAAGCCGAAGAAAAAACCCAAGAAAGAGAAACCGGAACAAGAGAAGCUGGAGAAGAAGCAGGUGAAAAAGAAGCCGGAGAAGAAACAGAAGAAAAAGUGGGAGAAAGAGAAGCCAGAGCAGAAGAAGCAGGAGAAAGAAAGGCGUCGCUCACUUCGUCUUCUCCAGCUCCAAAGCAUCAAGGAAGAUGAGCGUAGAAUUGCCCGUCUCAUGAGACGCCAACGUAAGAACAGCUUCGCCAUCUACUUUCUAAAGGUGCUGAAGAACAUCCAUGUGGGUUUCUCCCUCUCGCAGCGGUCUGUGAGCAUCCUGGAUUCGUUCGUGAAGGAUAUGUUUGAAAGAAUUGCCUCAGAAGCAAGCUUCUUGGCCCGUCAAAUAGGAAGCUCAACUAUCAACUCCAGAGAGAUCCAGACUGCUGUCUGUCUUCUGCUUCCUGGAGAUCUCUGCAAGCAAGCAGUGUCUGAAGGCACCAUGGCGAUGGUCCGGUACAUCUUAAACGAGUGAGCAGCUUCGACUUCAAACCAACAAAACCCAAAGGCUCUUUUCAGAGCCACCACUUCUCCUAAGAUAGCCAUAAUAUGGACAUCUCCUGCAAGUGAGCGACUUUGACUUUAAACCAAACAAAACCCAAAGGCUCUUUUCAGAGCCAC